CUGUAAACUGAGAUGCAGAGUGCAGCUGUUGGACUGCGAGCUGACUCAUCUAUACCUUAGUGCAAUUUUGACAAAAACACCAAUAGAGCUAGAAAACCAAGAAGUUCACCUCCUGACAAACCUCAACAGAUGUGACAAUGGCAUUAGCCAGCGGCCGCUGGUUAGGAAAAGAGAUGAAGGGAGAACCCCCAAGUCCCAGACAUGGGCACGCUGUUGCUGUGGCAGGAAAUGUUGCUUUUCUCUUUGGAGGAGCCUCCAGCAUCAACCAAGAGGAGGACAACCCUGUUUACCUCAAGGACUUUUACAUGCUAACAGUUUCUCUGCAUGAUGUGAUGUGGGAGGAGAUCCCUCAGAGUGGAGAACUUCCCUCAGCCAGAGAGGGACACACUCUCUGUGUUGUGAAUGGCAAGUUGUAUCUGUUUGGUGGAGUGUCCAGCCCCGACACCACCGAGUGUCUCCCAGGAGUCUACAGCUUUGAUAUAGUGUCGUUAACCUGGGAUUCCUUAGCAACUGGGGGUGUGGCCCUCAGGACCCUCAGACAUAGCUCUGCUGCUGUGGGAGAAAACAUCUACGUGUAUGGAGGGAGUUUGGGAGGGAGCCCAACCAACGACCUUAUGGUCUUCAACACAGUGUCUCUCAUGUGGACUCCUGUUAAAACCAGUGGAUCUCUGCCUCCUGCCCUGUGUGAUCAGACUUUUGCUCUGGCUGGUAAUCAGGUGUACAUGUUUGGAGGUUACGGAGCAGGCGGAGACUUCUGUAAACACCUCUAUGUCCUCAAGACUGCUAAGAUGAAGUGGAAAGUUCCGCUGUACAUUGGCAUUCCUCCGGCUCGUCGACACGGACACACAGCCUUCAUCCUCCAUAGUCAUUUUCAGCCUGGUGUCAUGCUCUGUUUGAGUCUCAUCUCUCAUUUUGAACACAUUCUGGUUUUGACUGUUACCAGUUUCACUCCAACAAAGGUUCCCAAUGUCCGCUACGAGCUGAGCGAGUUGGCUCUGUCUGAUCAGUGCAGGAACGCAGCAGCAAAUGCACAGGUGUGUGUCUACAGAGACUUCAGUGCAGUUCGAGAUCAGGCAAUGAAAAUGGUCCAGACAGCCUUCACUCUGCUGGACCACGAGUUCCAGAAACUGGAUCGGUAUGUUUGUUUUGCUUUAUUUAGAAAUAUACUCAACCACAUGAAUGUUUCACCCUGGUUCACUGGUUAA